AUGGAUGUAAAGGUCUACAUGCAGCAACCAGAGGGAUUCCAUCAAGGUGGUCAUAAUCUGGUCUGCCAACUCAACAAGGCCAUGGGACCAAGCAAGGAGGCAGGAUGUGGAACCAGAAGAUGCACAUUAGGUGAAGUGCGCAUUAUUCUACCUGUCUUUGUUGAUGACAUGACACUGGCAUCCACAUCCAAUUCUGCACUUGACCAAGCUGUCAAGGACCUCUCGUACUUCAGAAAGUGA